AUGCAGGACUCCAUCCCUGAUGAGCCAUUGGUGGGUAAGCAAAGCCAAAAUGGGACCUCGCACCAGCGGUAUGUCAGAAGAAUCGUCUGUCAACGUUCUCAGCACUCGGCAAUCAGCAACAUCAUCACCAAAAAUAUCACAGCAGUCAUGCCGCAGGUCUUCGCAAUCUCGCUCCAGCCGGUGCGGCAAAUCGUCAACCCAAAUCUCUGCUCUUGA